CUUCACCACAGAGUAUCUACUACUGUCUCACAAAAAGUGACCGCAAAUUUUGUUUAAUAUAUUAAGUAAGGCUUUGCGAGGGUGGUGGUACCACCAGUCGGCUUGGUGUGCUGUGUCUAAUAUCGACGGAUUUCUGGAUUUAUAAAUAUCUACGGCAGAUAAUCAAAAUGUACCGUCAAUGGCUGGGGACGGUGUUAUGCUUCAAUAUUUUGCUGCUUAGAGUACAUUCAGCAAAUAAUAAAUUCUUCCCGAACAUACCAACUACAGAUGAUUUGAGUGUGGUUCGAGACAGUCAGCACUCUGAUAUCGACGACGACAUCACAGACAAUGAAUCAGCUGCGCCCAUAAAGAUGACGCACAUGCGCGUUCGUUCCAAGAUCGCUAUGCGCUACGCACACACAGCCAUCACAUGCAACGUCUAUAACCCCAGCAGGCGGCCGCAGGAAGCCAGUUUUAAUGUCCUGCUACCUGAAACCGCCUUCAUCAGCGGGUUUACUAUGACUCUCGGUCAAGAAACCUAUGACGCAUAUGUCAAAGAAAAAGAAGUAGCCAAACAAAUUUACAACGAUGCGGUUGCACAAGGAGUUUCCGCCGCCCACGUUGCUACCAAAGCUCGUGACUCCAAUCACUUCACAAUAAAAUUCAACGUGGAAGGCAGGACUAAUGCAACGUACCGCUUGAGAUACGAAGAGUUGUUGGUUCGCCGAAAAGGCGUGUACAACCAUGCUAUCAAUCUGAACCCUGGCACGCUUGUGCCCAAAAUGGACGUCGUUGUACACAUCAAGGAAUCACAGAAGAUCACUGUACUGAGAGUGCCAGAAUUGAGGACUGGAAACGAAAUUGAUCCAACAGAGAACGACGCACAAAAUACGAAGGCAGUCAUUGUAAGAGGCAAUAACGAACGAGAAGCUACCGUUACUUUCACUCCUGAUCUGGCUGAACAGAAGAGACUUGCUGAAGUUUAUGCGGCAAAGAGUUUACAAUCCGCCGAUCCCUAUUUUGCUAACAUUGGUUACGAUAGUGGAGAAGAAGUUAACAAGAAUGAGGGAGUAUUGGGACAGUUUAUAGUACAGUAUGAUGUAGAUCAGCCAAAGAAUGGAGAAAUUUUGGUGAAUGACGGCUACUUUGUGCAUUUCUUUGCGCCGAGCUCACUACCGCCUUUAAGCAAGUACGCCGUGUUUGUUUUGGACACAUCAGGCUCCAUGGCAGGAAAUAAGAUCGUACAACUUACUAAAGCAAUGAAUUCCAUUCUCUCCGAUCUCAACCCGAGAGACUAUUUUAGCAUCAUUGAAUUCAACACAUUAGUAACAGUUCACGACUUGAAGAAUGUCAAUAACCAAACGGACAAUGCCUCGCCUGUACCUGCUUCGCCUGAAAAUAUAGCUGCAGCGAAGAAUAUAAUAUCUGGAUUUUAUCCUUCGGGAGGUACAAACAUCUUUCAAGCUCUCGAGCAAGCGAUAAAUCUCAUACAAAUGCCAGCUCAUCAACAAAAUCAAACAGAAUCAACCAAUAGCACGAGUAUGGUUGAUUGUUUAAACGGAACAGAAACGAAAAAAGAUGAGCUGGAGCCAAUGAUUAUAUUCUUGACUGACGGUGAACCAACAGUGGGUGAAAUUAAUACCGAUCAUAUCAUAACUUACCUUACCGAGAAAAAUAUUGGCGAGAAACGAGCACCGUUAUUCUCACUUGCUUUUGGUGAGGAUGCUGACCGCGGUUUCCUGCGCAAGCUGUCUCUCCGCAAUGACGGCUUCAUGCGGCACAUCUACGAGGCAGCUGACGCGGCGCUACAGCUUCACGACUUCUACAGGGAGGUGUCCUCACCGCUCCUCUCUAACGUCAGGUUCCAGUAUCCGCGCCGACAGAUAAGAGAAGGUUCGGUUAGCCGUAGCCAGUUCCGAACAAUCAACGAUGGAUCGGAAGUGGCAGUUGUUGGAAAAAUCGCUGAAAAUGUCAACGAAAUCACGUCAAAAGUGAUUGGUCUAAGAAGUGAUGGGGACGGUAGUAAAAAACUUUACGAAAUCAAUCCAAAAGUGCAGGUGAAUCGUGAGAAGAACGAUUACUUGCCUCUAGAACGCCUCUGGGCAUAUAUUACUAUAAAACAAUUGCUGGACAAACGUGACGCCGGCGAUGCUAACCUUGGCGACAACAGCUCAGAAGACAGCCCCGAGCAGAAGGCUCUCGCAAUAGCAUUACAGUUCUCAUUCGUAACGCCACUGACGUCGCUAGUGGUAGUCAGGUUGAACAAAACCGAUGUUGUGGAUGCUGUGGACGCAGAAAAUGUUGAAGAACCAAGUUUCUUGCGGUAUAGAAAUGGGCCGUCUGCGCCGAUGGCAAAAGUCUAUGCAAGCGUUGCUUCUGGAGGAGAAUUAAGCCUUAGCUCAAGCGAUGGACCAGUACUGUUCGUUCAAUCAACUAGACGCUUAACCCUGAACGGUUUUUCCGGAGGCUCUGGCGGCUAUAGUGGAAGCGGAAGUGGUGGCGGCAAUGGACACACAGGGCAGUCCGGAAGCCCAGGACAGCCCGGAAGCCCAGGACAGCCCGGAAGCCCAAGACAGCCCGGAUAUCCCGGACAGCCCGGAUAUCCCGGACAGCCAGGAAGCCCAGGACAGCCCGGAAGCCCAGGACAGCCCGGAUAUCCCGGACAGCCCGGAAACUCAGUACAGCACCGAUACCCAGGACAGCCAGGAGUUCCAGGACGACCCGGAAACCCAGGGCAGCAAAGUUAUGUAACUACGCAAACAGGUCCACUAUACAGAAGACACUUUGGAUUGGAAGAAGAACCCGGCUAUCCAGGACCUAAAAGGAAACCAGGUGUUGUCACAACUGCUAACAAUGACGAUAUAUAUAACCUACAAGCCUAUAAAUGGACAUCAUCGAUCUACAUAUGGGGCACCGAGUCUCUCGUGUUGGAUGUGAAUGGAACUGAAGUCCUCCUCAAGCUCUCGCAAGAUAUUAUUCCACCAAAAUCCGAAGGAGGAGACACAGAGUGUUUCAACAGCCUACCUUUAACCGCUGAAUCAGUAGUUGCAACUAAAGAGGGCCCCGAAAAUGUUUGCGUGUACAUCACGCGGUGCGACGCCGCGCGAAACAUCAGCGUUGCAGCAUACCAGACCAGCUACUGCUUCGUCAGUGAUCGGUAUGCUGGAGUUUGCUGUCCAAGAAAUGAAGUACGCCAAUAAUACUUACGCCUUUAAAUACUUGUACCUUUAAAAUUAAAAUGCGUAUACUUCUACGUUCACAAGUCUCUGAAGGCUUCAAUAUAUGAUUGUGCUUAAAAAAUUUAAACAAUACAAUGUUUUUAUUUUCA